CAGCUUGGUGUUCUUGGGUAUUGUCCAAUCCAACAGUCAUUUCCUGAGACCCUACUGGCAUGGUUCCCACUAAGCUAAGCACAUAUAAGGUUUGAUAUAUCCUGGGCGUUGUACUGCACCUGUGUGGCCACUAAAAAUGACUUGUAGUAUAUUCCUUGUACCAACAGUGUCUAAGUGAUGACUCCAUUUCCCACGUCACCAUAGAAACUGCCAGUGGGUGUAGUUGUCGUAAGCAGAACUCUACUCUCUCCCGUGCUAUCGUCUGCUGUGGUUUAGUGGUGACGUUGCAUUGAAACUUUGCUUUCAUUCUUUUGAAAAUGUCUGAUUGGAAGGACGUGUUAUUGUAAAUUUGGUGAAAGACGGGUUAAUUGAUAAAAAAGUGGAAACUAUCUUUUUCGGUAACACUUUAUGUGGAUAGUUUACCUACAGACUAAAUUGUAGUCAACAGACUUUCAAUGGAUGGUGUGUUUCUAAGUUUUUUCACUGUGAUCAUGAAAUGAAUUGAUCUGCGCUUCUUACCAUCACUCGCCAUCUGGUCACGGUGAAACAUAUCAGGAUGAACAUCUCUGUGGCCAAUGUGGAUGACGCCACUCUGAAGGAUCUGGUCAAUCCACUGACCACUGUGGUUCUUCCUGUGAUAUACCUGCUGGUGUUCGUGGUCAGCACCCCGUGUAAUCUCCUCUGCUUCAUCCUGCUCUGCACUUGCAUCAAGCGGAAAACCUCCACCAUCAUCUUCGCCAUCAACCUCUCGCUGGCCGACCUCCUGUACAGCGUGUCUUUGCCGCUCCAGGUGUCCUACCAUUUCUCGGGCAAUGACUGGUACUUUGGCGCAGUGGCGUGUGGCAUCACCACGGUGACCUUCCGCUGCAGUAUGCAAUGCUCCAUCCUCAUCACCUGCGCCAUCGCCGUGGAGCGCUACCUCGGCGUGGUGCACCCUAUGAAGGCUAGGCACUGGUGCACGCCAUGGCGAGCCGGCCUGGUGUGCCUGCUGAUCUGGGGCCUGGCGUUGGCCGUGCAGACGCCCAUGAUGCGGCGUGACCUGAUACUACGUGUGGAGGAGCUCAACCUGACCACCUGCUUCGACGUGAUCCCACACGGGACCUUCGGAAGCCGCCUGCUCACCUACUUCUACUUCAGUGCCAUUGCCCUGCUCUUCUACGUCACGCCACUGGUCAUCCUGGGGGCGUGCUACGUGGCUGUGACGCGAGGGCUCCGCCGCUCGCCGCCGACAUGCGACGAGAGCCAAUCGCGACGCUACGCGAUGGUCAUGUGUGCCACGGCGGCGGUGUGUUUCAUCCUGUGCUACCUGCCCAACGUGGUGCUCCAGUUCCUGCACCUGGCCUACCGCACGAGAGAUCUCAGCCUCUACCCCUACUACAAGCUCACUCUCGGCAUCAACAGCCUCAACUGCUGCGUGGACCCCUUCGUCUACUACCUGGCCUCACAGGAGUUCCGCAACACCUUCCAGAAGGCUCUGCGCCCAUUCUACUGCUGCAGCCAAUGCAAGAGGGACACGCUGUACACUCCUUCCGAGGUGGUCAGCUUCGCCCAGGCCCCAACAUGCAACAGCAGCAAGCUGUGAUUCCAGACUCUCGCCACACCCAGGUCCAGAACACGGGUCUCUGUUAGAAGACGAUGUCCUCACGGUUUAAAACUAUUUAAAAUCCUGUACAGGCUACAAUUUUCAAAAUUAUACAAAAUAUUUCCAGAAGUCUCACCUCUGUGUGAUAAAUGUGAGUCCAUGGAGGCUACCUUAUCACAUAGUUAUGCUAUUUGUCCCCAAACUUCAUCUUGAAAGAUCAAAAUAUUUCAUCUUGGAGAUCUUAGAGGUUCAGAUAGAGCCAGACCCUAUUUUAAUAAUUUUGGGAAUAUCUGAAGAGCUAAGGAAUCUUACUUCUCUGGAAAAAAUAAAGAGGUGCCUUCCUUCAAACACUGGCUGACUGACUUGACAGAUAAAUUAAAUGUAUUCUGAAAGACAAGCUGAGGAACUUUCAGAAAAUGUGGCAACCUUUGGUCUCUCAUCUUGAAAGAGACCCAAGUAAAGUGCACUCCUGGGGGGGAUGGGUGGGUUAUGGUGAGGGAAGGGAGGGGGGUUGUGGUGGGAGGGUGUGCUCACUUUUGUUUGUAUGGUGUGUGAUGUUUGUUUACAUUUGUCUUCUCCGUUAGUUUUUUUUUUUGUAAAAUGAAAAGGAAACAUAUUAUUGUCCAUUGUCAAUUUCACUGUUAUAGGAUAUGUUUCUCUAUAAAUAUAUUUGAAACAACAAAAGACGAUGUCCUUUGCGAAGGAAUUUGGACAGGAACAGGAAAAUAUCUAGACUCAUCUGUUGAAGAGCUACAUAACAAUGGCACUGAUAUUAGAAGUGGCCAGUUCUGGUACAUUUGAGUUUUAUCAUAUAAUGGUUACAGAAUAACUACAGUACAGGAAAUUAGAAAAAGGAUUAAGAAUAGAAACAGUGAUGGGCUACAUUUAACAAUCUCAUAGCAAACCUGCCUGUAUACAUGGCCGGUCUAACCAUUAAGUAACCAUUCCCUGGAGCUCCCCCUGGUGGCACUGGCUAGUGGUUAGUACAUGGUGUCAGCAGUCUUAAGACCUAGCAGUUUGAGCUACAACUCUUUCUGGAUUUUAUUUUUACAGAAUAUUAAGCUUAUUUGUUUUUUUAUAGCACACCUUCCUUUAUACAUGCACUAUAUGUGGACAGGCAUAUCUGACUCUGUAGAAACAAUACGGUACACAAGGUUUAUUACAGUCACAAAACCUAAUUAACUAUUCAAGUUUAGUAGUGCCCAUAAACAUUUUUAAGUGCAAACAAUAAAAUUGUCUCAAGAACCUUGCCUGAACACGUAUCAGUGGAUUUCCUCAGGGUCCGUCUAAACUUGGUACCCCCAUACCCCUAACUCAACUGCCAGAAUCUAAAUGUGUUUGGGAUGAUUCUCUGUCAGGUUAGUCUUGAAGGUUUGUCUUCAAAUGUACUAUACUGUAUAUGGCUUGUAUAUGUGUUUGUCUGUAUGUCUGGAAUAAAUCUGAUUGAUCACA